AUACAAAUGAGUUAUUUGCGAUUAAGCUAUGCACCCUCACGGACCUGUCUUUCAUCCUUUUACAUUUUAUUGAGAAAAAAUACCAUAUGGACUUUGCAUUGGGGAUUCGUUGCGCCGCUUCAUAGUUUUUAGUCAUCAAAGUUUAAUCAUGUUGAAAAAUAAUGGAAAGAAGACAGCCAUCUCUAUAGCCAGCACAGCAUGUCUCUGCCUGCUGCUGCUCCUGGUUGCUGUGCAGCAUCACCGGGUCCAGGUGGAUGAGGUGGCGAACGGAGAGAAUACCGGGACGCGCUCUCUUCUCCAAGAUGCCGCGCAGGAACAGGAGCAGGACGCACAGGCUAAGAGAGGAUUCUCGGCGUACUUCACCAAACUGACCCGGGGACGGAGGGAGGUGGAGAAGCCGGCACGCUCCUCCGCGUCCGCUGCUGACCCGCCUCCAGCUGAGGACAUCAGCGCGGAUGACAUCUUCAUCGCUGUGAAGACCACCAAGAAGUUCCAUCAGUCCAGACUGAAUUUGCUCCUGGACACAUGGAUCUCAAGAAACAUGCAACAGACUUACAUCUUCACAGAUGGAGAGGAUGAGGAGCUAAAAAAGAAAAUUGGGAGUCACGCAAUCAACACCAACUGCUCUGCAGCUCAUAGCCGACAAGCUCUGUCUUGCAAGAUGGCAGUGGAAUAUGACAAGUUCAUAGAGUCGGGGAAAAAGUGGUUCUGUCACGUAGAUGACGAUAACUACGUGAAUGUUCGGACUCUGGUGAAGCACCUGUCGCAGUACCCCCACACCCAGGACAUGUACAUCGGUAAACCCAGCCUAGACCGGCCCAUAGAGGCCACAGAGAGGCUGGGGGACAACAAGAUGAAACCAGUCAACUUCUGGUUUGCUACUGGAGGAGCAGGCUUCUGUGUGAGCCGAGGUCUGGCUCUGAAGAUGAGCCCAUGGGCCAGUGGCGGCCACUUCAUGAACACAGCUGAGAAGAUUCGCCUGCCCGAUGACUGCACCAUCGGCUACAUCAUCGAGUCGGUUCUGGGGGUUCCUCUGACCCGCAGCAACCUGUUUCACUCCCACCUGGAGAACCUGCAACAAGUGUCAAGAUCUGAGAUACACAAGCAGAUCACCCUCAGUUAUGGGAUGUUUGAAAACAAAAGUAACAUCAUCAAUUUGAAAGGGGCUUUUGCUGUGGAGGAGGAUCCAUCAAGGUUUAAGUCUGUGCACUGUCUCCUGUACCCAGACACCCCAUGGUGUCCCCCUCAGGUUGCCUUUUAGGGCGACCGCUCCUUUCUCAUCCUCGUCCCCGUCAUGCCUCGGUAUCUGAAAGGCUUGCGGGGACCAGUGUUUGGUAUUAGACCGCACGGCUGCUGUAUUGUUGCUGCAGUUGUGUGCGGUCUUUAAUAGUUUUACUGGGCUGCUGUGCGGCCCGCCUUGGGACUAUUCAUUCCUUUCUGCAGCCAGGACCUUGCCCCAUAAUGUUCUGGUGGAGGAUCCCAGCUCUCGGCAGGAAGUAGCUUUCAGCGUUAAGCUUUGCAGGCAAUCAGUUGAGCUUUGUGAUGUAUAUGUUGCUUGUAAAUGUAUCUGCAAUUCUCAUAGAAUGUAUUGUCAUAUAUUCAAGCCUUUUUGCCAGCUUUACAUUCACUGUUUUUAGCUUUUAAAAAUGCAAAGCCAUACAUGUCUUUGUUAUUAGGCUUUUUGGCUUUUAUCGCAUAUAAUUGGCUUUUUCAGGCAUUUUUGUUUAGAUAUUUUAACUCUGAUGACUCCGGACAAAUGCUCUAAUAUGAAGAUAUUGUUGUGCUUUUAAGUUAACAGUGUAAUUUCUCCCAUGAACUGAGCUGGCAGUAGGCAGAUUUCCAAAUGCAUCUUUGGGUGAUCUAAUCUGAGGUAUAUCAGGACAAAGCACUUUUCCCUUUUUGAUAUUUUUUGGUGAACUGACCUAAUUUACGUCCUUUUAUUGACAUGCCUCAAAUUUGCGUCCAAACUAACAAAAAAGAACAAAUAACCCUUCAAAAUCUCGAUCUAUUCAUUUUUAUGUAUUUAAUAACACUCCUUGCAUUUGUUACAAUCAGGGAAAAUAAUGAGUGGAAGAGAUUUUGAUUCAGGGUUACAAUCAGCUUUUGAAUUGCUUUGAAAAGUUUUUUUUGUUUGUUUAAAAUUGCACAGCUGAGUGUCAAAUUAUCUGAUGUUUGCUCCUGAAAAGAUGCUCACCUCAAAAGGUUCAACAGCGAAUAAUUAGUGACUUUUAGCUUGGAUGAAACCAAAUUAGCAAAGAAAAAUGAAACAUGGCAUCUAAUUAAUAACCAUGUGUGAUCUGAGCCACAGUCUUUAAUAGUUUGCACAAAAGACUGAUGAGCUUCUGUUAUUAUUAACAUGAACGUUCUGUAUUUACACUUAAUAUUGGCUGGUUACUGUUGAGGCCUGUUAGGUGAGAACUUUACAAGAGCAACAUGAGUGUUUCCACAUGGAGGUGUUCGUUCCCUCUGUGUCGUCUCUCGCCCAUAUUGGGUUACACUGUACAUUUUGAUUACAGUAUUGUGUACUGUGCCUUUUGUCUAAAUUAGUAAUUGUAUAAUGUUUAGAAUGUAAUUUCCACUUUGUGGGUUACAUAAGCUUUUAAUGACCCGGACAUGAUAUUUGUACUGCUUUGAACUGUGCUAAAUGACUGUGGUGUUUAUUCUCCAGUAUCUGGAGGGUUUGAACGGUUCAUUCCCAAUACUGGCUUCUCAGGGAUUCUGAGCUGAUUCUGGUAUUAACUACCAUUGGACCCACGGUGGGACCUAAAACUUUGAAUAAAAGUGCAUAACCACUGAGAAACUUUA